AUGCAAGAUCUAGCACGCAUAGAGGUGCCUGACUUCAACACUAUGUAUGAAUUCUAUGACCCAUCCACAGUCAUGUUCUUCUUCAGGAACAAGCACAUGAUGAUUGAUCUUGGCAUAAGAAACAACAAGAAGAUCAAGUGGAUUCUCAAGGAUAAACAAGAGCUCAUUGACAUUANGGUGCCUGACUUCAACACUAUGUAUGAAUUCUAUGACUCAUCCACAGUCAUGUUCUUCUUCAGGAACAAGCACAUGAUGAUUGAUCUUGGCACAAGAAACAACAAGAAGAUCAAGUGGAUUCUCAAGGAUAAACAAGAGCUCAUUGACAUUAUUGAUACUGUGUCCCGCGGUGCAAGGAAGGUCGUGGUCCAGUUACAGCUCCCAAGGACUACUCCACUAAGAACCGCUAUUGACUACCCUACCCUACUCUGCCCCUGCUGA